AUGUCUCCCUCUAUUAAUUCUGCGGAUAACGCAACCUCGCCCAACGUGGAGUACACGAAUGAAUUCAUCCGUACCCAAGCUGUCUAUCGUGGUACAGAGGCUACCAAAGAUGAGUCUGGAAGCGUUAUUGCAACUCCUUACGAGAAGAAGUACGAAUUCAAGAUCAAUCGUAAGGUCCCUCGCGUCGGGGUCAUGCUUGUCGGUCUUGGCGGCAACAAUGGUACUACAGUGACUGCAGGUAUUAUUGCUAAUCGCCUUGGUCUCACUUGGCAAACGCGCGAGGGCGAACAAUCGGCCAACUACUACGGAUCUAUCGUGAUGGGAUCAACAAUUAAGCUCGGUGUGGAUCCCAAGACCGGUGAAGAUGUCAACAUCCCUUUUCAUGAUAUCCUUCCCAUGGUGCACCCCAACGAUCUUGUUGUCGGAGGAUGGGAUAUCAGUUCCAUGAACUUGGGAGAUGCUGCUGACCGCGCGGCGGUUCUUGAGCCAGGCUUGAAGAAUCAGAUUCGCAAGGAGCUAUCUGCCAUUAAGCCGCUCCCUAGUAUCUACUAUCCUGAUUUCAUUGCUGCAAAUCAAGGAGCACGAGCCGACAAUAUUCUGGAGGGCAGCAAGGCUUCCCGCACUCAUCUUGACAAGAUUCGUCAAGAUAUCAGGGACUUCAAAUCUUCACACAACCUGGAUACUGUGCUUGUUUUGUGGACGGCAAAUACGGAAAGAUAUGCGGAUAUUAUUUCAGGGGUCAAUGAGACCGCCGACGAGAUUCUACAGUCCAUUUCGGACGGGCAUUCUGAAAUCGCGCCAUCUACGAUCUUCGCAGUUGCGAGCAUUCUUGAAAACGCACCUUUCAUCAAUGGCUCCCCUCAAAAUACAUUUGUUCCUGGUGUGGUUGAUCUUGCAACUCGUCACAAGGCGUAUAUCGCAGGCGACGACUUCAAAUCAGGCCAGACAAAAAUGAAGGCCGCUUUGGUAGAGUUCCUAGUGAAUGCUGGAAUCCGUGUCAAGUCCAUUGCGAGUUAUAAUCAUCUUGGCAACAAUGACGGCUACAACCUGAGCGCUCCAGCACAAUUCCGCUCCAAAGAGAUUUCCAAAUCAAACGUUGUGGAUGAUAUGGUGGCAGCUAACACUGUUCUGUAUAAACCUGGCGAGCAUCCAGAUCACUGUGUGGUCAUUAAAUAUCUCCCAGCAGUCGGAGAUAACAAGCGGGCAUUGGACGAAUACUACGCUGAUAUCUUCCUCGGAGGACAUCAGACCAUCAGUCUGUUUAAUGUUUGCGAGGAUUCGUUGCUUGCAUCUCCCCUGAUUUUGGAUCUAGUCAUCCUGGCUGAAAUUCUUACUCGUAUUUCCUGGCGCGAGACGGACUCGUCAUCCUCGAUUUCCGACUACCAAGGAUUUCAUAGCGUCUUAAGCCUGCUGAGCUACAUGCUGAAGGCACCUAUGACACCUCCAGGGGUCCCAGUAGUUAACGCACUCGGCAAACAACGCACCGCUCUCACCAACUUCUUCCGCCUCGUCAUUGGCUUGGAACCGGAGUCAGAGGUCGCAUUGCAGCAGCGGCUACCUUGA